AUGAAAGACUGUCCGUCCGCGUGGGCAUGUCGGUCCUGCGGCACAAAGCAUCAUACGCUUCUGCAUUAUGAGCAGAGCUCUAAUACUACUCCUAAGCCCGAACCCAUUAGCGCGACUCCUGCCGAACCGGACGCCGUACCCGCUCCUCAGUCGGAGGAUGCGCCGAUUGUAACAAUGACUAGCCGGGCCAAUAGAAUCGUCCUCCUGUCCACCGUACGAGCCGAGGCGAUAGACGCGCGUGGCAAUGCGUUCCCCGUACGCAUAUUGCUGGACAGCGCGAGUCAGGCCAACUUUAUUACCGAGGGCUGCCUCCGGAAGGGCGGCUUUCGUCGCACCAAACACAGUGCAACCGUGUUGGCGAUAAACGAAGCCAGGGCGGCCACGACGAGGGGCCUCACCUCCCUCGUGAUCCGCGCGCGCGGUCGCGACGACACUCGGUUCUCGAUAGAGGCUACGGUCCUCUCGCGCAUAACCUCGCCGCUGCCUAAUGACAAGGUGGAGGUCCAGCCGUGGAUACACUUGAAGGGAUUGCCGCUCGCGGAUCCCGAAUAUUUCGUGCCCGGCGGUGUUGACAUCCUCCUGGGGGCGGACUCGUUUGUGUCGGUGCUACGGGAGGGCCGUCGUAAGGGGAAAAGGGGAGAACCCGACGCCUUCAAUUCAGUCUUCGGAUGGGUUCUGACGGGCGCGGUAUCCCCAUCAGUCCAGGCAGCGCCCCUGAGGUCAUUCGCGACUACGCUCGAGUCGAUUGCGACAUCGGUGGGUCGCUUUUGGCAAUUGGAGGAGGUGCCGGAGAACGCUUCUUGUUCGGACGAGGAUCGACGCUGCAAAGAAAUCUUCGCCAAGACCACGUAUCGUGACCCCUCGGGUCGUUUCGUGGUCUCGUACCCGUUCGUGUCGGAUCCUCCUACAUUCGUCGGCUCGCGCUCCAUUGCGGUUAGUCGUCUCCGCGCACUAGAACGUCGAUUUAAAUCUGAUCCGGAGUUCAGAGCUGGUUACAAUAGUUUCAUGCGGGACUAUCUCGAUAGCGGACACAUGGAGGUAAUUCGCAAUCCAUUCCCGUCGGAUGGCCACAUUUAUUAUCUACCGCACCACGGUGUGUAUAAACUCGAUAGCACUACCACUAAGUUGCGGGUAGUGUUCAACGCGUCCUCGCGAGGCCCGGACGGUCUGUCGAUCAACGACACCCUGCUCAGCGGUCCGAAGCUGCAGCAGGACCUGCUCGCCAUCCUGCUUCGGUUCCGCGCCGAAGCGAUCGCUCUAACCGCGGACGUGAAGCAGAUGUUUCGCCAGAUUUGGAUAAGCCCGGAGCAAUGCAACUACCAACGUAUCGUCUGGCGCUUCUCGGAGUCGGACCCCAUCCUCGACUAUCUCCUCAAAACAGUUACAUUCGGCUUUAGCGCCUCCCCGUUCUUGGCGAUCUAUUGUUUGCUCCAGUUAGCUCAUCAAUACCGCGAGAAAUAUCCUUUAGCGUUCGCAGCUCUACUCGAGGCGCUGUAUGUGGAUGACGUCGUGACAAGCGUUCGGACGGUGGAACAGGCUCGUGCACUCCGCGACCAAUUGCUAUCGCUUCUCCGAAGCGCCGGCUUCGAGCUUAGAAAGUGGUCGAGCAGCCAUCCUGCCGCGCUGGAGGGCCUCGACCCGCAGUUAUGUAGCCAAUCGAUGUUAGAUUUCGAGUCAAGCGAGGAUCAAUCUCAGAAGAUAUUGGGCCUUCGGUGGCACUCACAGUCUGACAGUUUCGGGUUUCAAGUCAACGCGUUGGAUCGUGAGUGCACCAAACGCACUAUACUGUCGGAAGUAGCGCGCAUAUUCGACCCCCUGGGUUUUCUGGCCCCACUCACCUUUACCGCGAAGUGCUUGAUUCAGCGUCUGUGGACCCUCAAGUUAGAUUGGGAUGAUGAGCCUCCGAUGGACAUUCGUCGCAGUUGGAGUCGUUUCCAGACGGAGCUCGGCGUGUUAUCUUCCCUUCGCGUUCCUCGCGCGUUUAACUCGUGCCAUGUAGAUCGCUGCGAACUCCACGGGUUCUGCGAUGCCAGCGAGCUGGGGUACGGAGCCGUGAUUUAUCUGCGAAUCGUUACGCGCGACGGCGUCGGGGUCCGAUUACUGUGCGCCAAGUCUAAGGUCGCCCCGCUUCGCCCCCUCACCAUUCCCCGUCUGGAGCUCUGCGCGGCUCUGCUCUUGUCUGAAUUAAUCGCGUACGUCCGGCGCACCCUCCGCGGACACCUUGACAUUGACGACGAGUAUGCUUGGACGGAUUCCGAGGUCGCCCGGGCCUGGAUCCGCCCAGCACCACAACGGUGGAAGACCUUUGUUAGAAAUCGCGUUGCCCUCAUUCAGGACAACGUGCCGGUAUCAGCUUGGGGUCACGUCGACACGAAGUCCAAUCCGGCGGAUCACUGCUCCCGCGGGCUUUAUCCUCGCGAUCUGGUGGCUAGUUCGAUGUGGUGGGCGGGCCCUGAGUGGCUUGUUCGCUUCGAACCCCGAGUUGAGCCUUCCCACGGUUCGGAAACCCCUCCGAUCGAGGAGGAGAAAAUCGUAUCGCUCGUGGCGCUCGAUCCGCCUGACGCGGUACAUUCAUUGCUCGAAAGAUUCUCUUCAAUCGAGAAAAUUGGCCGAAUUAUAGCAUACAUUCUCAGGUUUGUACAUCACUUCCGUGCAAAAUCUGCUCCUACGACUUUGGCCAUAGAUCAGCUCGAACUGCAUUCCGCGUUACUACUCGUUGUGAAGAGUGUACAGGCGGAUGCUUUCCGCGAUGAGAUCGAUCGUCUUCAAAGCGGGAGAAGGCUCCCCAAGCCCUUUCGCAAGCUCGCUCCCUUCCUUGAUCCGGUGGGUAUUCUCAGGGUGGGCGGCAGGCUUGCAAAAUCCGGAUUGACAUUCGAGAACAAGCACCCUGCCUUACUGCCCUGUAAACAUAGGCUCACGGAUCUCGUUAUCGAACACGUGCACCGCACGAACAUGCACCCUGGUCGGCGCACGCUGCAAUACCUGCUCACGCAACAUUAUUGGGUCCUCGGGGUGCAUCGCGCUAUACAACGCGUACUCUCGAGAUGUCAUCAAUGUUUCCGCGUAAAUCCACACACCUCUCAGCCCCUCAUGGCGGAACUACCGGCCGAUAGGGUCCGACGGGCCAAGCCAUUUUCGAUCAGCGGCGUUGAUUUCGCGGGACCGUUCAACAUAGUUACGCGACGAGCCCGGGGGGUCUCCUCCGUCAAAGUGUACGCGUGCCUUUUCGUAUAA